AUGAUAGACAGAAUGACCUGUCCCGUCUGUCAGGUCAGCGCACUAACAGGCAUCUGCUAUAUCACUUACAGCAGCUCCAGAUGGAGACGUGUGUUUAAAGCAGAAGAUACAAACUCUACGAAACCUUCUCAAGGAAUGUCUUGGAAUAAGUAUGCUGUCAAUGAAGAUGUCCCGGAGACUGAAGCCACACCCAUCAUCAAGGAGACUGAAGCCACGCCCAUCACAAAGGCGACUGAAGCCACACCCCUCACCACAGCCCUCAUUUCAGAAGAGAAGCAGGUUGUGGGCUCACAGACUGACUCUGUUGGGUAUGAGGAGGUGACGGUGUGUGUGCCAGCCGAGAUGCCCCCGGUGGUACCCGUGACGGGAGAGUCGUUCUGCCAGUGUCCCGCUCAGACUGAACUCAGCUCAGAUGCCCAGAUCAGCCCAUACACCCUCAGCUGCACCUGCGGAGAGGAGGAACAGGGGUGUGAUUGGGUUUGGGAUGAGGAAGAUAAAUCCUCCUCUGUGUCUCUGAGCUGCUGGAACCGGACGGUGAGUUUCCACUCGGAGUAUAGCUGCGGGACGGCCGCCAUCAGGGGCUCCAAGGCCCUCAGCGACGGCCAGCACUUCUGGGAGAUCAAGAUGACCUCUCCCGUCUACGGCACUGAUAUGAUGGUUGGCAUCGGGACAUCAGAAGUGAACCUGGAUCAGUUCAAGCAUAGCUUCUGCAGUCUGCUGGGCACAGAUGAGGACAGCUGGGGUCUGUCCUACACAGGUCACCUCCACCAUAAAGGGUCAAAGGUGAACUUUUCUUCACGGUUUGGUCAAGGGUCUAUUAUCGGUGUUCAUCUGGACGGCUGGCAUGGCACCCUGAGCUUCUACAAGAACCGCCGCUGCAUUGGUAAGACAAACCAUAAGGCAAAUUAUUUACCCUCCUGUGACAUUCUUUUACAAAUAUCUCCCAAGUGCUGUUUAACAGAGCUUUUUCAACACAUUUUUAAGCAUUAUAGUUUUAAUAUGUAAUUCAUAACAACUAAUUUAUUUUGUCUUUGCAAUGAUGGCAGUACUUAAUAUUUGGCUACUUAUUUGCAAGAUGCUAGUAUAAGUGCAAUUUAAAUGCUUAGCUAGAUUAAUUAGGCAAGUUAGGUUAAUUCAGGGUUCCCACGCU